AGGGUCAUUCCUGAGUCAGACGUGACACCUGUGCUUCUCAGGUAACUGCUCUCUUACUGGGCAUGCUCAGCGGUCUCCUUGGUAACCUGAGUUGGACGUCCCUUUAUUUAGUACAUGCGGCCCUCCCAGAGCGUCUGAAAAUGGUUGUGCUUUAAACUGAACUCACUUUUCUGAGGGAAACAUCAUUUUUAUGGAUUAGAAUGUGAUUGGAGUGUACCAACUCUUUUAAGGAGGGGUGGAACUUCAACAGGUGGAACAUGUGCGUGACAUGAAGCUCCAUCAGGUUCCAGGCUUGUGGAAGAGAUGCCACCUCACGACAUGUCACCUCCCCAUCACACAACAUGACCAGUGAGGAUCCUAUAAGAACUCAAAAUUGCCAUAAAAAUACAAGAAAAUGUGAAAAAUUAUGUUUUUUUUUCCAAGGAAUUCUGCUGAUGUUGCUGCUACCAGUUAUCAGAGCUCCGAGAGUUUCUUCUGAACCAGCGUGCCCCGUUUCCUGUGUGGUUUGUUCGGAGGAUGCUGUCAUCUGUCAGAGACUCGCUCAGAUUAUUGUGGCUCCAGAUUCCACCCAGGCUCUGCUGCUAACGGAGGGCUCCAUCUCCACAGUCCAGCCUGCUGCACUGUCUGAACUCAGCAACGUCACAGUUUUAGGUCUAAGCAAUAACCAAAUCUCAGAACUUGGAAAAGAGGCCUUCAAAAGCCUGCAGCUCCUCCACACCCUCCUGUUGGACCACAACCUCCUGACGAGCCACGCCCUACAGGGAGGAGCUCUGACCAACCUGACUCAGCUGAAGGUUCUUGCUCUGGGCCACAACCUCAUCAGCAUGAUACAGGCUGGCUGGUUCAGAGGCACAAAGGCUCUGGUUAGCUUGAAGCUGGAGGGAAAUCUACUAACUAGUUUGGACUCCAGUUCCUUUCCUCAGAAUGACCUCAGACAACUGGAGAGUCUGGAUCUGUCAGACAAUCUGAUCGAUCAUCUGGACCAGAACAGUUUCCAAGGGUUGGUGGGUCUGAGGACUCUGGAUCUCUCCAGGAAUCGCUUGAGUUCUGCUCCUGCUGAAGCCUUUUCCUACCUCAGCUGGCUGACCAACCUCAAUCUGGACCUCAACUCGUGGAACUGCACCUGUGAGCUGCUGGAGCUCGCCGCCGUUCUGACAGCUUUUAUUCAGCAACCUGACAAGACCCUUUAUAACGGCCGCAGGAUGGUGUGUGUGAGCGCCGACAACCCCGCUGUGACCACGGUUCUAGAGCUGACCGAGGCCAACUGCGUCCCGUCCAAUCAGAACAUCACAGUGAAGAUAGAGACCAAAGCCGGAGUGACGCCUCACGAGUACGCUCGAGAUAUGGCCAUCACUGCAGUCAUGUGCUUUAUUGGUGGCGUUGCUUUGACUCUGUUGGGGGUCCUGAUCUACUACCAAAUCUCCAAGAGGAAAAAACGUCAAGAAAGACUUGAAAAAGAGCAAGAGCGACGAAACGUGGCGAAUCACGUCAGCCACCUUGAUGUUACUGAUAGAAGAAGAAAUUUCUUCUUGGCAGCAAACAGCAGGAACAAGGCAGCGGUGGCUGUGGAUGCGUGGACAGAUGGCCAUGCUAAAGUCAGAGCAGAUGAAAAUGACGGCUGUUUGCAAUUCCCUAACCAUAGAACUGCCCUACCAGGGUCCAACCCAGGGAGACGGGACUACUGGAUGAAUGGAGGGAUAAAGAAGGGAGACCAUCAAGAGAUGAGAAGGGUAAAGAUGGAAGAGGAAGGGAGGACAAGUCUUCAAACAAGAACCUCAGUCAGGGAAGUCCCUGAAAACUUGUAUGCACGAGGCCAAAGAAACUCUUCUCAUUUGCAAAUAGGAAGUUUGAAUCCCCAAAAUAGUCCAGAUUCAGGCCGCAAAAGGAUUCCAAAUGGUGAGUACUUCCACAAAAUGUACAGCCCACCAGAACACAAUGUGAGAUAUGGAAAGCCUCAGUCCUACUAUGGAGAUACAUCUGCUCACAACAGCAGAGAAAGAAGCGGUCACUACCCGACGAGGAGUGGUGGGCUCAGGAAUGUCACUUUUGAUCUGGAGAGCCUCAAAACUAAUCAAGAGAGGAACAAUCUGGAGGAGGAAGAUCGUCCAAGCUCUGGUAAAGAGGAAAUGAAAGAAAGGACACACAGAGAUCCAUCCAGUCGUCCAUUCAAAGUCAAACUAAACUUGAACCCUGUACGAAAAAGCAAAGUCCAACCGCGAUUGGAGAAAAGCACCCCGAAAAGCAGCAAAAAGAAAAAACGGGAUGAAAAGGAAAGACUGGAGAAGCCCCAGAAAGGAAAGUCUGCAAAGAGAAGCAAGAAUGGCAGCGAGAAAAAGAGGAAAUCCUCCGGAGAAAAAGCAAAAAACAGAGAAAAAGAAGAGAAUCAAGGAGGUGAUGGAGAAACGUCUGCUAAGCAGAAAGAACCAACCUCCACAAAUGAUGAAGAAGGUCAGAGAAGUGCAGAUCCUGGCCAGGGUGACGACACAUCCCAGCCUGCUGAACAACAGGCAGCUUCUGCUGUUGCACCCACACAAAGUUUGCACGGUUUCCAGUAUCCUGCAACAGCACAAGGAGGUAAUGCCCGGCUUCCUCCCAAACAUCCCUUCUCUUUUAUUUCUGCUGGGACGAAUAGCACCAGCAACCUGUCUCUGCUUGGGACAACCGCCGCACCUUCAAUCGGCAGCAACGUUUCUCUCCAAGGAGGGAAUCCUUUGCUUAAAAUCACGACUCCGGGAUCGAACACGCUGCUUCCUGGGAGUCCAGCUAAUUUCCUCUCCCCUGGGAUCGCAUUAGGAGGACUAAACGUGACUCCAAGAGCUCCAGGAGGAACUGUGCCUUUAGUUCCUUCUCUUCAAAGUAACCAGGUUCUUGCUCAGGCUUUGCAAGCUAACACAGCACCUGUGCAGUCCCAGCUGGUUCCCGAAAACUCCCUCAUAGCAGCUCUGAAGCCGGACUCAGGACAGAUCCGAACCAUUCUGACAGAGGGAGCCCUUCUCCAGAUACCUCCGGAAUCUCAGGGAUCCAAGCAAAGGCCCGCUGAUCAGAACCAGGAGGAUGUGGGUGGAGCAGCUCCUCAAGGAGUGACCACAGUGGAGAAUAUAUUACCCAGCAACAGCCAGUCAGAAACAGGCUGCAAUCCUGAAGAUGCACCAGCCAACAUGGCAACUGGAGAUGUGGAUCUAACUGAAGAAGUGGAAGGCUUUGUCCCUUCAGCAUCCUCACAGGUCGUCUCCUCUUCUGAAGCUGCUCUGCUGCAGCAGGAGUACCUGUCAGCAGAAGGAGGCUCCUCCCCGAGAAGGAGGCUGAGGCUGGUGCUUCCUGAAAAAACAUCUGAUCGGCCUCCAACUGCACUGGAAAGAAAAAUACGCUAAAUGCUACCAACUCCAUCAAGGUCCAGGUCACAAUGGACCCGCCACAGGAAGAAGUUUAUUUACUGGAGAGAAUAUUAGAUUAUCCUCCAAAGAGACAACCAGUGAAACAACAGGUGAAAAAACAAAGACGUGGAGCGACCACACUGACUGGAGUUUACUCCAUGUAUCCCAACAUUAUUUCAAACAUUUGACUGAUAAAACCAUUUCCUUAAUCAGCCGAUAAAACCUCCAGAUGCAAAUAAUAGGGGUUACAGAUAACCCUAGAUACACACACACACAGUUGUCGGGGAUAAAAAGCAAACUAUCAACACAAUUUUUACACCAGAAUGUAAAUAUGUUUAUUUUUGGCUCAAACUUUUUCACUUGUGCUAUCUUUUGGGGUCCAUAUGACCCCACCCUUACUUUGAAGGUGGACAGGAUUUCAUGUCUGUCAUUAACAAUAGUGAAUAUCAAAAAUAAUUUAAAAAGAAAAAAAAAAGAAAGUUUGGCGCAGUGUCUUGUGGGUUCCAGACUCCUCCUAACAUUAACGUGCCUAGGAUAGCAGAAGGGUUUAAAAUCAGUGGGAAAAUGUUCCUUUUUUAAAACAAGCCUCCAGUGGUCAUUUGAGGAACUGCAAUAGUAGUCUGGUUGGGUUUAAAGACCCACUACAAUGAAUAUAGUCUUUUUUGUGUUUUUAACAUG